AUGCUGCAGCGGCUACUCUUUCCCUGCUCUUCGCCGGCGGCGGCACCGCCACCGGUAGCAGCUCUGUCGCCCUGUCCUACCCCAUCUGGAGUCCCUGGGUGGACCCUGCAGCGGAAAUUUGAGAGUAGAUCGCCGUGUUGCGGCCGUUACCCCUCUUUUCGUUGGGGUGAUAAGGCCGCGGGGAACGUGAAGGUGGCGUCCUCUCCCCGUUCUCUGGAUGAUGGGCUAGCGGCUAGCGGGGUUCUCCCUUCUGACCCCGCUCUGCUGCCGAAUGCCCUCCGGCGGGAAAGACACCCCACAUGGAGCGUUGGGUUUAGCUUGGGUGUCGACUUGGGGAAUUCCAGGACCGGUCUCGCCCUUGGGAAGGGCCUGGCCCCCCCUCGACCCCUCAUCGUGAGCGAAUACGGUUCCUUCCGUUCCUCUUUCUUUUCUUUGAUUCUCCAUUGAGUUCCUCGUUUUUCUCAGUUCCGUUCCUCUAGCAGGUGUUGGAGAUGCGGGGGCAGAAACUGGAGACACGCAUAAUGGAGAUUGCCAAGCGAGAGGUCCGAGCGGGGGAAUUAGGGCUUCCAUUUCCAUUUCGGUUCUUGACGAUCCUAUUUUCCCGCUAAUUUUCGUUUUUCGAGAAAUUCAGGAGGUGGAUGAGUUCAUCAUUGGGCUCCCGAGGUCUCACGAUGGGAAGGAGACGGUGCAGUCGAACAAAGUCCGUAGCAUUGCAGGAAGGCUAGCCGUGCGCGCUGCGGAGAGGUGACCGCUGUUUCCUUCUCUCUUCUGUUCUUCACUUCUACCGUUCUUCAUUGAUAUGCUCAGUUAUUUAAUCAUUCGGAAGCUAUAUUUCCAUCUAUGGUGCAUUCAUUUUCUUAGAUGACUCCAACCUUCUGAUUGAUUCAGCGGCUGGAGAGUUUUCCUGCAAGAUGAACAUGGGACGUCAGUGGAGGCCCUUGACUAUAUGAUAGAUACGUAAGUUCUUUCAGUCGGUAUCUGCUUCUUGACUCUCACUCAGCUUGAGCUCAUUGUCACCUGCUUGCGAUUUGAUCCUCGGUGUGAUUAGCAAACCAGCACACUGGAGCUGUGGGUUCUACAGCUAUCUCACACACUGGCUGCAGUUUGUGGAAUUUUUGGUUGAGUUUGCUCCGCCAAAUUGCCUUAUAAACAUGAACUCCAGUAAUCUGUGAUCUAGAUGGAGAUUUUUUAUUAAAAAUGAAAUCAAAUGAGUAUUUCACUCUUCUCUCUCCCCUUCUGACGACCGCUGAUGAAGGUUGGAUAUUUACUGAUUUCUACAUCUUCCGAGGUCUGUAGAUUGAGAUGAAAUCAUAAAAGCUAUCAGAACUUAAAUGCCUAUUUCUUUUAUCAAAGAGGGUGUGAUGACGAUUACACCAUACAAAUGUAUUCCUUUGAAUUUUUGUUCAACAAUGGUAGAUGUAGAAGUUACAGCAUAAAUAUUUUAUCAGUUUCUUCUCUUUUUUGUCUCAAUAACCUGUUUUCCAUCCCUUGGAAGAAACCAAUCUUCACAAAGACUGCUGUUUUUAAUCCAAUGAUAUCUUGCAGAGUCACGAAUCUGGCAGUCUAAACCAAAAUUUCCUCUCUAAUUAUGGAUUCUGAUGAUGGUUUUAAGAGUGGAAAUGAAAUUUUCUGUUUGCUUUACCUUCCAGGGGUCUGAAGAGGUCUGCUCGCCAAGGGAAGAUCGACUCCUACGCCGCAGUGGUAUGAAACUUUUCUCCAUAUAAAGUGUUCUGAGGCGUACUUCUUCAAUUUUCCCUGUGGUCUUUACUUGCCAAUUUUCCUCAGAUGGUACUGGAGAGAUAUUUCUCAGCCCAGGGUCAUGAAGCUGAGCUCGUCCUUCCCAAGCAGUUGGAGCUUCUAAACAUGCUUAGACGAGGGCCAUGCCAAGACGAAGAUUUCUUGACCUGA